UAAAUUUUAUUUACAUAUAGGUCCCUACCGCCCGGCAGAGGGGCGGCAGGCGGCCCCGUAGCCGGCCGGUAGGGUAUAAAACUGUAAAUUAUGAAACUAAAAAUAUAUUUCUGUAAAAAACAAUUUUCAAAAAUAUAAAAAUAAAAAAAGCCAAAAAAAUUCACCCCACGGCGGCCUGCCGGACCACGUAUCACGCCCUGCUGCAAUUUUUUUUGUUUCUUUUUGAAGCCCGACCUGCUGCAAUUGACUUGCCCGACGGCGCGCGAGCCGUGUUCGUGUGCCGACAAUCUCCGCCGCCUGCCGGCGGCCGUGGCGGUCCUUCCCUCCUCCCGGCCUGGCGUCCGCCGCCGCCCGCGCCGUGCACCGCCCGGAUAGAGCUUCUCGCCGUCGCCGGCCGUGCGAACGACGACGGCGCCGCCCCGUUCGACGUACGUCGUGGACAUCUCCGGGCGCGUCGCGACGGCGACGCUGGUCCGGCGAGGAAGCAGCCGGGUGCCCCGCCGGUCGAGCAUUUUUCUUUUGGAGGAAAAAGUCCGUGUUUUCUUUGCAGAAAAUUCAACACUUCUACCAGGAUUUUGCACCUCCCGCGACGUCGACGUCCACAAAGAACCACCCCACAUUGGAGCGGCGGCCAGCAGCGUCGUCCACAAACCCCGGUCGCGGCGAGGUCGUCAACGCUUCAGUCUCCGGUCAGAGCACGCACACGCCGAGGCGUCGUCGUCGUCGUCGUCGUCGUCCACAAACCCCCAAUCCCGCCGCCGCCACCGCUUAGCUUCUUCCUCCAGCACCGGGAUCCGUCCAGGUCCUAUUCCUGGACUCCUGGUAAGCACCUCUCGCUCCGAUUUUUUUGUGGCCUCGGGAAUCAUGGCGUCGUCGAAGCCGUCGUGCAGCGCCGGGCGGCCGGUUGCUGCAGACGGGCGCGCCGACGCCGUUCCCGCUCCCGCCGGCGUCCUGCUGCCCCCGGACGCCGUCUACGAGAUCCUGCUGCGCCUCCCGGCGAAGGAGCUCUGCCGCCUCCGCGCCGUGUGCCGCCCGUGGCGGGCCCUCCUCUCCGACAGGGCCUUCGCUGACGCCCACGCGGCCCGCCACCAGGAGCCGCUCGUCGUCGCCGGCUACGCCACGCACACGAGCGGCGGCGCCCUCUACGACGUCCUGGACCUCUCCGGCCGCGUCGUCAAGCGCGCGCGCGGGGCGGCCGUCGCCGGCGCCGGCAGGACGGAGAACGAGUGGGUGGUGUCCGCGCGGCUGGACCUCGUCUGCGCCGCGAGAGGCGCCGGCGUGAGCUGCGCGCUGCUGAGCCCGGCCGCCGCGCGCGCGCGCGCCCUGCCCCAGGGGCUGGCGGAGGAGCACGCGGCGCACGAGCGGGAGAUCAGCCACCACGCCGCCAUGGUCGCGCUCGGGCAGGUCGCCGCCACGGGCGAGCGCAAGGUGCUCCGCGUGCUCCACCUGUUCCCCGGCACGGCUCGGCAGCUCUACGAGAUCACCACCCUCGACGGCGGCGACGGCGGCGGCGGCCGGAGCCGGUGGCGGCGGAUCAAGGACCCCGCGUGCCCUGUUGCAUCCGGCACGUGGGCGGUGGUCGACGGCGCCGUCUUCUUCUUCUCCAGCGAGCUCGUUCAUGGCCAAGACGCCAUGCCCGACCGCGUAGCCUCAUUCGACCUCGCGACCGAGGAGUGGGCGCCGACAAUCCGAGGACCCCUGAGUAGCAGUAGCCUCGGGGACGACGGCGCCGCCGCCGCCGCCGGGCAUCCCGACGAUCACAUGGGUUGGGGCGAGUUGUCACUGGCUGACAUGAAUGGCUGCUUGGUCGUGACGCAUCGCACAGUUGCCUCCUCCAUGGACCUGUGGUUCUUGAUGGAUGUGGAGAAGGCAUCAUGGGUCAGGAAAUACAGGAUGCAGCUUAGUAUCAGCUACCGGCAUGCUGAACAUACGGUGCGUCCUCUGCUGGUGCUGAAUGAUGGCAGGAUAGUGCUGGUUCACAUAGGAAACAGGGGAUCUCUGAAGAUUUAUGAUCCUAGGACAAGCACUUCUACAGAUGUGGCAGAUAUUGGGCCCUGCGUUGCAGUUGGUUUGUACAAUGGAAGCGUAUUGAGCUUGGCAAAUGGUUUUUAAAAGAGUAAAUUACACCCAUCAUACAUCAACUUGUGUGGUUGUAUCACUUUAGUCCAAUAGAUUGUAAAAUGCACAAGCUGAUGCAUGAACGUGUCAAAAGUGUGCAUCUACGGUCACACAUACACCAUAUAGCGUAUUUAGGUCACAAAUUUUAAUGUGGAGAAGAGGAAGGGCCAUAAUACAAAUAUGCGUUCUCCUUUAAUCGAUCGGUGACCUUCAAAUGAUCUGAGUAAACAUCUGGAGAGCAUGGUCUUCAAUUUGAUGAAUGAGGUUAGUAUCUUUUUACUUGCACUAACUCAUUUUUAAUAGCGCCAAAGUGAAUGCCAGUAGUAUCUAAUUUAUUUCUGCUAUAGAAUAUGUUACACACCAAGGCCGGCACCUAGGCCAUUACGAGUCUUUUUUAUUUUUUUGAAACAAUCUUUUUUUAUCGUGUGAUUGUAAUGUACCAGGCAUAAUCUCUAGUGCUGUCAAUAGUGUUUAUUCAGACUGCAAUAUUCUUGUUUGUUUUUUUUCAAUUUAUAUUGUGCUUUUGGUUAUAAUAUUCUAGGCCUCCAGAAUUCAGAAUAUUAAAUUUUGAUGUCACACUAUCAAGUGUGGCAACAAAAGUAAACAACAGAUUUAUGAUCAUAUUUAACAAGCUAUCGACGGAUCGAACUGGGUAGCACGAGCAUCAUCACAUGGCAGAGACCAACGUCAGCCAAGAGAUAUUUUGCAUUAGGGCCCUCCCUCUUCUCCACAUUAAAGCUUGUGACCUAAAUACGCUCUGUGGUGUACGUGUGACCGUAGAUGCACACUUUUGACAAGUUCAUGCAUCUAUUCGUGCGUUUUACAAUUUGUUGGACUAAAAUAAUACAACUGCACAAGUUGAUGUAUGAUGGGUGCAAUUUACUCUUUUUAAAAAGAAAAAAAUUGUACUCAUUUUAUUCGUAUUUUGUUGCAAGCAGCUGUAAUGGAGUACAUGUAUUUAUUGAUCAGGUA